AUGGGAGGUCACGGGAAAAAGAAGUCGUCAUCAUCUUUUUCGGUUAUCAAAUCAUUGUUUUUGUGUUGUUCAAAGGAUCAAGACAAUUGGAACGAAGAUAAAGUGAGCAAUGUUAGACCAAGAAUCAUGACCACCGACGAUGAUGGAUGUUCUUGGAUUGCUGAGCCUUGUAUUGAUAGGGGGGCCACAGCUUUUAUUGCUAAGUUUCACGAUAAUCCAGUACAAGAUCCUGAAUAG